CUGGGAGUUGUGGUUCGGUGGUGCCUGACGCUAGCUGCCUUUGCUGGUUGGAAGAACUACAACUCCCAGUGCGUCCCGGAAGCAGCCUAGGCGGAGGAGCUGUUGUUACACCUUUGGUGGGAUACGGGGCGUGAACCAGGAAAAUGUUGCUGGCGCCCCAGGAGAGGCCCUCCUCAAAGAAGAGGCUGGAACUGAGUCGCUGGAAACGGUUCACGAAGAGGCCAAGUCCCAAGCCUGCUUUUUACCCUGAUGACGUGAAGCUCUGGAUUAAGAAAGUGGAGGAGGCUUCAGAAUUUGCAGUUUCAGAAGCAUUUUCUGCCAGAAAUCCAGAUUUACCCAGAAAGCGUUGGGGCCAAAUCCCAGAUUUGGAAAUAACUGAACAAAUAGAUUAUCAUGAUGAAGUGUAUGCGGAAGCUCAGGAGCUAGUCAAUGACUGGUUAGACACCAAACUUAAGCAAGAAUUAACCAGUGAUGGAGAAGGUGAUGCUGAAAGCACGGUGUUCAGUGUCACUCCUACGGAAGAAGCCAGAAGUCACUGGAAGUAUGACAAGUUUGAUG